AGGAUGCAUAGGUCCAGAGUAUAAAGGAAACCAGGAGCAGCUGGAGGCAAGUCGAACGAAGGCUGGGUGACUGGAGCUCCAGCCAUGGUGCCCAGCUUCCUCUCCCUGAGACUCUCCUGCUUGGGCCUGUGGGCUUCUGGGCUGAUCUUGGUCUUAGGCUUUCUCAAGCUCAUCCGCCUGCUGCUGCGGAGGCAGAGGUUGGCUAAGGCUAUGGGCAACUUCCCAGGGCCUCCAACUCACUGGCUCUUUGGACAUGCCCUGGAGAUCCAGCAGACGGGGAGCCUGGACAAAGUGGUGUCCUGGGCCCACCAGUUCCCAUAUGCCCACCCACUCUGGUUCGGACAGUUCAUUGGCUUCCUGAACAUCUAUGAGCCCGACUAUGCCAAAGCUGUGUACAGCCGUGGGGACCCUAAGGCCCCUGAUGUGUAUGACUUCUUCCUCCAGUGGAUUGGGAGAGGCCUGCUAGUUCUUGAGGGGCCCAAGUGGUUCCAGCACCGCAAGCUGCUCACACCUGGCUUUCAUUAUGAUGUGCUGAAGCCCUAUGUGGCUCUGUUCGCUGAGUCCACACGUGUCAUGCUGGACAAGUGGGAAGAGAAGGCUAUUUUGGAUGAUCUGGGCAAAAUGACUUAUCUGACCAUGUGCAUCAAGGAGAGCUUCCGCCUCUACCCACCUGUGCCCCAGGUGUACCGCCAGCUCAGCAAGCCUGUCACCUUUGUGGAUGGCCGGUCUCUACCUGCAGGAAGCCUGAUCUCUAUGCACAUCUAUGCCCUCCAUAGGAACAGUGCUGUAUGGCCCGACCCUGAGGUCUUUGACCCUCUGCGCUUUUCCACUGAGAAUGCGUCCAAACGCCAUCCCUUUGCCUUUAUGCCCUUCUCUGCUGGGCCCAGGAACUGCAUCGGGCAGCAGUUUGCCAUGAGUGAGAUGAAGGUGGUUACAGCCAUGUGCUUGCUCCACUUUGAGUUCUCUCUGGACCCCUCACGGCUGCCCAUCAAGAUGCUCCAGCUUGUCCUGCGCUCCAAGAAUGGCAUCCACCUCCACCUGAAGCCACUGGGCCCUGGGUCUGGGAAGUAGCUCUGAUGAGAAUGGGGCCCUGGAUGGCUCAGGCUGUGACGUCUCCCUGGGCACCACCCUCCCCGGGCUGGAUGUAGAGGAGUUGGGGCACCCUGCCUUCAGAAGGCUUGUAGUUUAGAAGGGGACUAGGCAUUACCAUAGACAACUCCUAGAGGACAGUGCUAUGUACAGAUGUGUGUCUAUAAAUGUUUAUCAUUCAUUUAGUCAACAAACAUUUGGUGAGCACCUAUUUGGUUCAAGAAACUUCAUUUAUCUCCUGUAAUUGGCAAACUUAAAAAUGCAGCAGAAACUUACAUUCCAACCUUAGAGAGACUCAUAGUGAACACAAGGAAAGUUUUGCCCUGAGAUUCGUGGUUAUGACUGGAUACCACUGAAUAGAAGAAUGGCUUAGGGGAUUGCCCCUUCACUGAGAUGUGUUUCUUUGUUUAACUUUGUAUGUGUGUAUUUCGAAUAUAACAGACAUAAGAAAAAAUUGCCUAAACGAAGACUGUAUAAAAUAAUAAAUAAUUCUGAAGCA